AGUGUUGUAGUUUGUCCUCCUCGACUGCUGGUGUCGCUGCUGAGUUUCCUCGCUCUGCGUCUCGCGCCGGUCAAUCGCGCGAAGAAUAGAAAUCAAGUUUUGUUCACAAGCGUGUUGUUUUUGCACGCUUUUAUACAAAAUUAUACAUUUUUAAGGCUUAUAACACACAGAAAUCAUCAUGGAUGUAGGAGAGCUGCUGAAUUAUCAGCCUGACCGCGGAGCAAAGAGACCCAGAGAGGAAGACAGCCAUGAGGAGUCCAGAAGCAAACAGAAGACAGCGGGCCGAGACGGCGGACGGGUUCUGGUGAGGUCAGAGCCAGACAGUGAGGAGCCGGGAGGAGGAGACGGGGAGAAGAUCCUGGAGAGACUGAUGGAUCAGGAUGGAGAAGAUCCAGAGGGGGAGCCUGUGGAUGAGAGCACAGUGAAGAAAAUGAUCCUGACCUUUGAGAAGAGAUCCUACAAAAACCAGGAGCUGAGGAUCAAGUUUCCCGACAACCCGGAGAAAUUCAUGGAGGCGGAGCUUGAUCUGAAUGACAUCAUCCAGGAGAUGCACGUCAUCGCCACUAUUCCAGAGCUGUAUCACCUGCUGGUGGAGCUGAACGCGGUUCACUCUCUGCUCGGCCUCCUCAGCCACGACAACACUGAUAUCAGCAUCGCGGUGGUUGAUCUCCUGCAGGAACUGACCGACAUCGAUACACUUCACGAGAGCGAGGAGGGGGCGGAGGUGCUUAUCGACGCACUGUUGGAUGGUCAGGUCGUAGCUCUCAUGGUGCAGAAUAUGGAGCGUUUGGAUGAAACGGUGAAGGAGGAGGCUGAUGGGGUUUAUAACACUUUAGCUGUGAUUGAGAACAUGGCCGAGUUUCGUCCCGGUCUGUGUACGGAAGCGGCCCAGCAGGGUUUGAUGCAGUGGCUGUUGAAGAGGAUCAAGGCCAAGAUGCCUUUUGAUGCCAAUAAGCUGUACUGCAGUGAAAUACUGGCCAUCCUGCUACAAAACAAUGACAAAACAAGGGAGCUGUUGGGAGAAAUGGAUGGUAUUGAUGUACUACUGCAGCAGCUUUCAGUGUUUAAACGUCAUAAUCCAGCAACGCCAGAGGAACAGGAAAUGAUGGAGAACCUGUUUGAUGCCCUCUGUUCCUGCCUCAUGCUUCCAGCCAAUCGUGAUCGUUUCCUCAGGGGGGAGGGGCUUCAGCUCAUGAACCUCAUGCUCAGGGAGAAGAAGAUGUCUCGUGUCAGUGCGCUGAAGGUUCUGGAUUACGGGAUGAUCGGUCCAGAGGGUUCGGAUAACUGUCACAAGUUUGUGGACAUCCUGGGCCUCCGGACCAUAUUCCCUCUGUUCAUGAAGACUCCCAAGAAGAUGAAGAAAGUCGGAAUAUCGGACAAGGAGCAUGAAGAGCAUGUGUGUUCCAUCAUCGCCUCCAUGCUGAGGAACCUCAAAGGGCAGCAGAGAAGUCGUCUCCUCAGCAAGUUCACAGAGAACGACUGCGAGAAGGUUGACAGACUCAUGGAGCUGCAUUUUAAGUACCUGGAAGCCGUUCAGCUCGCAGACAAGAGGAUCGAAGGAGAGAAGCACGAUAUGGUGCGUCGUGGCGAGAUUAUUGACGACGCGAUGGACGAUGAGUUUUAUCUGCGCAGGCUGGACGCUGGACUCUUCGUCCUUCAGCUCAUCUGUUACAUCAUGGUGGAGAUGUGCAGCGCCGGCGUUCCACAGUUACAGCAGAGAGUCCAUCAGAUCCUCAAUCUCAGGGGAGGAUCCGUCAAAAUAGUUCGGCAUAUAAUGAGGGAAUAUGCAGAAAAUAUUGGCGACGGCAAGACCGAGGAGUUUAAGGAAAGUGAGCAGAAGAGGAUUAUGGAACUACUUGAGAACUUCUAAAAAUCCAGUUGGAGCUCGACGCGGGUUUUCCGCAGCAUUUCUCUGUUGCGGUUGACGACUAGGUGAAGCUAUGUGGAUUUUGACUUUAAUCAUUAUCCUGUCCCGACUUCCUUGAAGAAGCCGCGAAAGAAAAAAACUGAUGUUUAACCAUUUGAGUGACUGAUUGUAUCCCGACAGAUUGGAUAUGGAUAUUGUAUCUGUUGAUAUCUGACACAUUUUGAUUAUGUUUAUAGUUGUUGUCUAUUUUUUGUUAAGGAUAGAUAUUUUGUGUCAGAACAACUUACAUUUUCUUGUAAUAAAAGUUUGUGCUUUUGUUA